CACUGCUUUCAGUUACUCCUAUAAAUAAAAAGAAAAAUGAAAACGUGAUGCAACACAUUUUCUCUCUCCAAAACUUAGAUUUUUGCAACGAAAACUGAGUUGUAAUUCGAAUUGGUAAAGAAAUCAAUGGAAGGGUUUAGUGCUGAAGAUCUGCCGACGAUCGGAGGAAUCGCCACCGUCUCACUUCUCCACUCCUUCAUCCCCACCCAUUGGCUUCCAUUCUCCAUUGUCGGACGCGCCCAGAAAUGGACCCUUUCCAGAACCCUUCUCGUCACUGCAUUUGGAGCAGUUUUGCAUGUAAUAUCCACUUCACUUCUUGGUAUAACAGCAGUCACCAUAUCAAACACCAUUGCUGGCGAGGAAACAGUGCAUAAACUUGCUUCACUAUUGCUCAUAAUUCUUGGUGGUAGUUAUGUUUUGUUGUUUUUGUCCGGAAAAGGUGGUCACAGCCAUUCCCACAACCAACCCAUGGAGAAAAUGGCCGUUGCUGGACUUGUUCUUGUUCCUGCAUUAUCUCCUUGUGCAACCACUCUUCCAGUGUUUCUUGCUGUCGGUAACUCAUCCUCCAUGAUGGUGCUUGCUAUAAUAGUGUUGCUAUUCAGCACUAUAACUGUGAUGACCUCACUUGUGGCUCUCUCAUUCUAUGGUGCGAGCCAGCUCAAGUUUCAUUGGGUGGAGCACUACGACAAGCUUCUAGUAGGUUCGGUGCUAUGUUUAGUUGGAAUAUUGACCCUUAUUUUUCAUGAUCAUGAUGGAGAUGCAAGUUCCACUGGUGGGCACUUGCAUAGGAAAAUCACCGUUUUAUGAGGAUGUUUCUAAGCCAGGAAAUCGUGAUUUUGAAUACGUAUUUGUGUGGAUUAAAGGUUCGUAGAUGUAAACUGUUGAAUGUGCCAUUUAUGAGCAUUGAGACUUUCUGGUUUAUACAGCAAUCCUUGUAUAUGGGUGUAUGUUUUGGUAUUAUGGAAUAUGUUUUUGUUUUUAUUGCUCUGGGAGUGUCCAUAGCCUAUUCUUUUUGUGGUACUGCCAACAAGUGUUUUAUAAAAUUAGUCUGAUAUGCUGUCAA